GUAUCGCGUCGGUUCAUGGUUUCGUUGGCAUGCCUACCAAAUUGUGCGCGCACUUCAUUUUUAUGCGCGUAUCGAGUGGACCUUCCUAAAAGCAACACUGUCGUGUGUUGCUGCCCUCAGCUCUAGCUCUACGUUCGUACGUUGGCGCGGCCAAGACUGUAUCAAGGUACGGUACAGAUAGAGAUUGAGUGAAUCUAUAUCUGCCAAAAUGCUUUAUCGAAUUUUAACCAGUUUCCUCCUGGCAGCUUCAUGCUUUGCAGCAUAUGCUCCAGAUGAAGUCACAAAUUUACCUGGAAUUCCUUCUGGUGCCCCACCUUUCAAGCAAUAUUCUGGAUAUCUGAAUGCGACGGGUGACAAACUGUUUCAUUAUUGGUUUGUUGAAUCCCAGAGCAAUCCAUCUGUGGAUCCUGUCGUGCUUUGGUUGAAUGGUGGACCAGGCUGUAGCUCCUUGGAUGGCUAUCUCUCAGAAUUGGGUCCGUUUCAUGUGAACAACGAUGGGGCUACACUGUACCUCAAUGAUUACAGCUGGAACAAACAGGCUAAUGUGAUCUUCUUGGAGAGUCCAGCUGGUGUUGGUUUUUCUUAUUCACCUUCAGGAGACAUCAAGACAGAUGAUGAUCAGGUGGCAGAUGACAACUUCCAGGCUCUUCAGAAUUUUUUUGUCAAGUUUCCAGAAUACCUCAAUAACACCUUUUACCUUACGGGGGAGAGCUAUGGAGGUAUCUACAUCCCAACUCUAGCUUUGAAGAUUAUGAAAGGAAACACAUCAAUUAAAUUGGAGGGUUUUGCCAUUGGGAAUGGUCUACUAAACGUAACAAGCAAUUAUGAUUCUGCCAUCUACUUUGGCUACUAUCAUGCACUAUUUGAUCAGGACGUUUGGAAUGAUCUUCAGACAUAUUGCUGUGAAAAUGGUGUUUGUCAGUUCUUCCAGCCUACAGACCAGCAAUGCAAAGAUGCGUGUGAUAUAGCAGAAUCAUUUAUAUAUAGAAGCGGUAUCAACACCUACAACAUAUAUCAGGACUGUGCUGGAGGGAUCCCUACUCAAAGCAAAAGAUAUCAAUUUGACCUUUGGUCUGCACUGGGAAUCCAUUACAAGACUCCACAUCCAAAGCAUUUUGAAAAGGCACAGACCAAUUCUUCUUUGAGGUCAACGCACUAUGCAUCUCAUGGUUUCAUGACUUCUAAAGUAGGAGAUCCUGAAUGCAGUGAUAGCACUGCUGUAACAACCUAUCUUGGUCGGGCUGAUGUCAGGUUAGCUCUCCAUAUACCUGCGUCUGUACAGCCCUGGGAGGUCUGCAGUGAUGCUGUAAAUGGUAACUACACAAUGCAAUAUCAGUCUGUCAAGCCGCUGAUUGAAUCAAUGCUCACCAAGUACAGGGGACUCUUUUACAACGGCGAUGCAGAUAUCGUCUGCAACUUCCUCGGUGCGCAGUGGUUCGUGAAGGACCUCCACCAAGCCGAAAAGACAUCCAGACGUCCAUGGAAGGUUGGCACGCAGGUGGCUGGAUUCGCCCACGAGUUCUUGAAUGUGACGGCUGCCACGGUGAAGGGGUCAGGUCACUUGGUCCCGAUGUGGAAGCCUGCUGAGGCAUACCAUAUGAUCACGCAGUUCCUGAAUAACCAACCUUUAUAAGUAGACUUGGUAUAGGUUACAGAAGUGUGAUGUCACAAGCAUUCAUCUCCAUGUUAACUGGUUUCAUGUUAACCACUCCCGUGGUGCGAUGUCAGGAAAAUACACAUUUUGCAUUUUAUCAUACUGUUUUUUAUUUGAUGUCUAGGAGGAGUAUGAUGAAAAACGUCUAUAGCCAAAAUUUGGUAUUCACUUAUCAAGAAUUAACCCCUUGUUCUAAAUGUAUUGAUUCAGGCCAAUUAUUAUAUUGACCUAUAUUCGGGCAAGCUGGUAUACCAUGACUAAAGGUGAUGAUAUAUCAUUAAAUUGCGAAGAGACAUUUUUCCAGUGUGUUAGCGCUAUAUAAAAGCAGACUUUCAUUAUUUUGACAUCAAGUGGAAAAUAAAUAUCAGAUAUUUUCGUAUUAUUAAAAGGCCUAGAUUAAAAGAUGGAAAUGCUCAUGAAUAAGUGCCAUUCUACAGUAAUUUUCAUUUUGUGGAGUAAUUUUAUAUGGUGAGCUAAUCUACUGUAAUAAAAAAAUUGUGCAAUCAUGAAUAUAAUGUAUAUAUUGUAAUUCUCUGAAUGAUGCCUGGCAUCAUAUGUACAUAUGUCGUACUGUCACAUAGAUAUUUAGAUGAAAUUCUCAUUUAAAAAUUGUCAAUCAUGCAUCUUCCAGCUAACUUGUAAUGUACAACCAUGGCAUUCCCUGUUGCCAGAUUCACUUUUGAUUUUUUAUCGAUGCACUGCCAUAUUAUGUUUAUAGAAUCAACAUUAUUUGGCCUGAAUAAUAAUGUCAUAAAAACCAGCACUGAAUACAUAUUUAGUAGGGAAAUGUUCUUUGAUCCACCAUCAGGAAGGUUUUCAUUCAGCUAAUUUACACCCUAAUACAAAAUGACCUUUUGCUUCCUUUUUACAAAUUUCAUUAUCAUUUGAUCUUAAUCAGUAUAGUAUCAAACUUGUAUUAAAACUUGCAAGAUCAUACACACGUAUCCCUCUAUUUUCUCUAAAAUUAGAAUAGCAUUAUUAAUUCUUUAUAUUUCAACUAAUGGGUAGGAUUUAUUGCAGUAAGUGCUUUUCGUAUAGUCCACAUAUUUUCUUAUAUACCGGUAUGUAUGGAAAUGUUCUUCAUUGUUCUUAACCAAGAUUUCCUCAAAGACUCAGCUUUUGUAAUCAAUUACUCAGGUGUGAUAUAUUUUUUAUAACGAAAAAAAAUCAUCAAAAUUUGAAGUAAUGUGUUUAGAUCUAUUGAUUUAAACCCAACUAGGCAGUGUGAUGGGGGCUCUCCCAGCUUGUCGCAUCGCGUUAUAGUCUUGUGAAAAGAUUUCACCGCCACGUCUCCUGGCCUAGUAAUGAAUUGGAAAAGUGAUUAGACACAUUUUGGGAAAUUACCAAAGCUAUGUACAGGCUUUAGCAAUUUCAUGCUUAUAAUGCAAGACAUUUUAUUCUAUCACUUUGAAUAACUCAAUUUAUUUCAACAGUUUUCUCCCUAAAAACAUGAUAUUAUAACCAUGGUAACAGAAAUACCAGGAAAAUUGUCUUGCAACAUAAAGCUUAGUGAUUGAACAUGGGGCUGAUUUGUAUGGUUGAUUGUAUUAAUUAUUGUGUAUGAUCAAUUGUAAUAAUCAACCCCAUCAUCCAUCUUUAUGUUGACUGUCAAGAGCAUUUGAUGGUGUAUAGGGUUAUUUUGACUACAUGUAUAGCAAUAUUAUAAUUCAAUGAUUCAGGACUAUCAAUAAGAUCACUUUUCCUAUGUAUAAAUGUAAAAAAAAGGAUAGAUAAUUUUUUUCAAGAAAAGACGUCAUAUAUUCUCAUGAGUUUUAUUAUUUAGUUAUGCCAGCUUAUACUUUACUCACACUCAAGCCUAUUAAAGCAAAAGUACUGUUUGUAAAUGAAAUAUGUAAACUCUAUGUACAUGUAUAUAUAACUUUUUCUAUGAAAAUGUGAUUUGAAAUAAAAUAAAUUUAUGAAAUUA